CAUAUCCUUUCCCACGGCCACCCGCGCCGGUCGGCUCGCCUCGCCGGCUUCUCACCCACCGGACCACCACACUCCACAGCGCCACCACCGCGCGCCGCCAUGGCCUCCUCAUCCUCCACCAACCUCGUGCUCACCUGCUCCCGCGCUCCCCUGGCUCCACUCCCAAGGUCACUGCCGAGCCCCCAUGUCGCGAGAACCGCCUUGGCCGGCAUCACCAGCGGCGCCAGAGCCGGUGCCCCUCUGUUCGUCAGUCUCGCCGCGUGCCGCACGGGAGGGCGGCGCAGGGGGUGGGCCCAAAUAUGCCGGGACUCCUCGCUCCAGGGUCCACCCAGCGCCGACUCUCCUGCGCAGGAACAAGAGGAUAAGAAGAAGAGGGAGGCGGUGGCGGCGGCAGCAGCACGGAUUGCGAGUGAUAGCGGAGGAGGAGGUGGGAAGCUGAGCGACUGGACCACUUCGGUGCUCAUCUUCGGCAUCUGGGCGGGGCUCAUGUACUACAUCUUCCAGCUCGCGCCCAACCAGACACCUUACAGAGACACAUACUUCUUGCAGAAACUUUUAAAUCUGAAAGGUGAUGAUGGCUUUCGAAUGAAUGAAGUUCUUGUGGCUCUAUGGUACAUUAUGGGCCUCUGGCCACUAGUCUACAGUAUGUUGCUCCUUCCUACUGGUAGAAGUUCCAAAAGCAAGAUUCCUGUAUGGCCAUUCCUGGUUCUUUCAUGCAUUGGGGGAGCAUAUGCUUUGAUUCCUUACUUUGUCCUAUGGAAGCCUCCUCCACCUCCCAUUGAUGAAGAUGAAAUUGAGAGAUGGCCAUUAAAAUUUCUUGAGUCAAAGUUAACUGCAGGAGUGGUAUUUGCCCUGGGCAUUGGACUGAUUAUAUACGCAGGCAAAGCUGGUGGUGAUGAUUGGAAGGAAUUCAUUCGAUACUUUAGGGAGAGCAAGUUUAUUCAUGCCACCUGCCUUGAUUUCACUUUGCUCUCGACCUUCUCACCAUUCUGGGUCUACAAUGACAUGACAGCGAGACGAUGGAAAAAUGGUUCAUGGCUUCUGCCGCUUGCACUGAUACCUUUUGUGGGGCCCUCACUGUACCUUCUAUUACGCCCAUCGCUUUCUUCUCUGCUGGCAGCAUCUGCUUCACCAUCUGAUGAAAUUCAGAAAUAAUUGGUGUCUAACUUGUAGCCAAUGAAGAUUUUAGUUGUGAUCAGAUGUCAUGUAUAAAAAGGUUGAUCUGGAGACUUGACUUGUAAGCCUGAAUGCUAUGUCGAUGUGAUCUGGAGAAAAUCUACAAUUUUGCAUGUCGAUGCAGUGUUCAAACUGGAAAGCAUGUCUGGACAGGGAAGUCAUUUUCUACAUUACCAUGACCUGGGCUCCUGACAAAUUAUCGGUUAUACUCAUGGAGUAUUCAGCAAUGUUUCAACCCUUGAAGACAAGCAAUUUAUAGUAUGGAGCAAAGUGUUCGGAUAUUGUACUGUUAUAUUCAUUCUUGUAUAGAAAAUAUUCUGUUACAGUGACCCAUAUGUAAGAAGCCAGAGCAGCGGUACAGACUGAUGAAUAUCUGACAACAGAUUGCAAUUCAGAUUAUGAUAA